CGGCAGUCUUCUGGUACCUGUCAAGUCUGCAGUCUCUGUUCAUACCCUGUACUAUGUCCGCAGUCUCUGUUCAUCCCCUGUACAGUGUCCGCAGUCUCUGGUCAUCUCCUGUGCUAUGUCGGCAGUCUCUGGUCAUCUCCUGUGCUAUGUCGGCAGUCUCUGGUCAUCUCCUGUGCUAUGUCGGCAGUCUCUGGUCAUCUCCUGUGCUAUGUCGGCAGUCUCUGGUCAUCUCCUGUGCUAUGUCGGCAGUCUCUGGUCAUCUCCUGUGCUAUGUCGGCAGUCUCUGGUCAUCUCCUGUGCUAUGUCGGCAGUCUCUGGUCAUCUCCUGUAAUGUGUCCGCAGUGUCUGGUCAUCUCCUGUACUACUGUGUCCGCAGUGUCUGGUCAUCUCCUGUACUGUGUCCGCAGUCUCUGGUCAUCUCCUGUAAUAUGUCCGCAGUCUCUGGUCAUCUCCUGUACUGUGUCCGCAGUCUCUGGUCAUCUCCUGUACUGUGUCCGCAGUCUCUGGUCAUCUCCUGUACUGUGUCCGCAGUCUCUGGUCAUCUCCUGUACUGUGUCCGCAGUCUCUGGUCAUCUCCUGUACUGUGUCCGCAGUCUCUGGUCAUCUCC